AUGGUGAUUAUAGACGACAAGGAUCAGAAAUGGCAGCCUGCGGGUGCACCUCCGCCAUACCUCGCCAAUGCUCCUAGUCCAGCUGUGAAUGUUACCCCGCCGAGCCCCGCACGAUCUGCCUAUUCCCAAUUAUCAUCAUCUACGACGCCGAAUCUUCCUCUAGCGUCCUCGUCAGGGUCAGUAAGAGGACCUUCGUUUGUACAGCAAGGACACACGGAUGAUCCUCCACCUUUUACGUCUCAUCCACUCCCUACGGAGAAUAGACGGUGGAGAUAUGGUCCUGCGCCUAGUCUGCUCGACCUUCCACAGCACAUCUUGCUCUACAUUGUCCAAAUCUCGUGUCUGCCGACGCGAUCUGGCUAUCAGGAGGACGACACGAGUCGUGCUCGGACGUAUGGAUAUAAUGCGGAUGCCAAGGGAGAGUAUCGUGGGACUGUCAUGAGCGGGAGGCGGGGAAGACGGCAGGAGGAAGAGUAUAUCGACGAGUGGCGAGAUGCUGGAACCAGUAGGCAGGAAUUUGGAGUCGGGUUGUCUGAGGAAGAAGAGUGGGCGGAGCAUGCAAUGGGUCUCUACCAUCUCGCGAUGAACGUGCGGCUUGUCUGUCGGGGACUCUACGUCGCAUGCAUGCACGUCCUUCGUUCUACCUACCUCCCACUCUACUCGCUGAAUAUCAAAGCACCGUACACGUCCGACCCGUUCCCAGCAUCCACAGACGCACCUACAUACACACCAACACCCUACUCAUACUCACCGACAACGCCAACGACCUCCAAUAACGGAUACAUGCCAGCCAACUCUUCUCCCCUCCUCACGACACAACGCGAAACGCGCGUGCUCGAUCAGUUCCUCCUACUCAAACUCCACCAAGACGUUCUCUCCUCCGAAUCAAUGCUCCACCUCUCGUCGUCGGUGCAUACACCCUCGAGUACCUUUUCCGACCUCUUCAACUUGCACCAACCCACUGCACGUCUCGAGGAUCUCGUACGGCAUUACGGAUUGCAGAAUGGGAGCAUUACGCUCGCGCCGAGUAGCAGUCGCCUCGUCAGCUUUGACUAUGUGAGCAUCAAGUUGAGCGAGGGUGGCAGGCGAGUCGGGCUGGUGAUUUCUGAUACCAAGGGACGCAAGAGAGUAGUCGCAGAGUACUUGAGGGAAGACAGAAACGAAAAGCUCGAGAUUGCAGCCAAGAAAUUGGCAAAGGAGCUAUUAGCCAUCUUGAAGCGGUCACGUAGUAGAUAG